CCGAGGCCCGAGUGGGGGUAAUGAAGGUGUUGCUCUUCACGGGGCUGGGGGCCCUGCUCUUCGCCUACUACUGGGAUGACAACUUCGACCCCACCAGCCUUCGGGGAGCCCGCGUGCUGCUGACGGGGGCCAGCGCCGGCGUGGGCGAGGAGCUGGCCUAUCACUACGCCCGCCUGGGCUCACACCUGGUGCUCACCGCCCCCACCGAGGCCCUCCUGCAGAAGGUGGUAGGGAACUGCCGGAAGCUGGGCGCACCCAAGGUCUUCUACAUUGCGGCGGACAUGGCCUCCUCUGAGGCUCCCGAGCACGUGGUGCAGUUUGCCCUGGACAAGCUGGGCGGGCUGGACUACCUUGUGCUGAAUCACAUGGGCAGCACCCCGGCCGGCAUGCGGGUCCGCAGCGCCCAGACCACACGCUGGCUCAUGCAGGUGAACUUCCUGAGUUACGUGCAGCUGACUUCGCGGGCGCUGCCCAGCCUGACGGACAGCAAGGGUUCCCUGGUGGUGGUGUCCUCGUUGCUCGGCCGCGUGCCCGCGUCCUUCUCCAUCCCGUACUCCGCGGCCAAGUUCGCGCUCGACGGCUUCUUGGGCUCCCUGCGGCGGGAGCUGGACGUGCAGGACGUGAACGUGGCGGUCACCUUGUGCGUCCUGGGCCUCCGCGAUCGCGCCUCCGCCGCCGAGGGGACGGGGAAACUGAGGCCCACGGCAGUGAUGUGA